AUGCCGAAACGCCGUCGCCGCGAUGAUGGUUCUCACGACGGCGCAGCAACAGCUGUGGAAGAAGAGUAUUCCACCCUGUUCAUCGAUACCAGCCUCGGAACCCAUAUGGCCACCGUCAUCCCCGACUCCGCCAUUGUCUCCGAUGUUAAAAAGAAGAUUGUGCUAGAGCACUCACAAUUAUUUCCACGGUUUGGAGAUAUACAAGUGAUUUCUUUACAGGUACAACGCCAAGGUCAUUUCUACCAUCUACCAGAUUCAAUACCUGUAGCUAGUGCAUAUGUGAGAUCCAAACUGCACAAGUCACUUUUUGUCGAAGCUUCAAGUUCUGAGCAUGAUUAUUUUGACCCUGAGGUUAAGUGGGGAGUUCUCUUGGAAGCCUCUGAUCACAAGACCGUUGGCAUCGAAACGUCGGCAGAUCGUGUUGUUCAAGGUGGUUCAUGUGUCGAGGCUAUUGCCACUAAAAGCCACUUGUUAUUACCUAGUGAAGAAGCAACCGGGGACCCAAUUGCUGAACUUGGAAAUGCAAUGACAUUAGCAAUAUCACAUCAAUCCACUGAUACGGGAUUCCUUAGGUCACCGGUUGUUACAGAUUCCCAUAAAAAAAGUAAGGUUGUAGCGGACGCAAUCGAUGAGGUUGUUCACUUUGGAGGUUUGGAAUCUGUAGCUAAUGAGUCCGAUAAGGAUGUUGUGCCACCUGGAAGCUGUAAAGUAACUGAUCCCAUUCAGGCGGCGGAAACUAAUAAAACAUCAACCGUUGGCAGUAAAGUUUUGGAGACUAACAAUUCAAGAGUAACUGUUGGCACUAUGAAGAAGAUUAGGGCCAAAGAUAAAGUUUCUGGGGUGCAGAUUAACUCCAUUGGGGGACAAAGUGAAACUAUCGGUGCAAAUCCUACAUUGCUUGUCCCAGACUCAGUUACCAAGGACAUUGUUGUCGACAACACCAGUAAGGAGAAAGCAGAUGUUGAAGUGGAGAAUGGCCUCAAGGAUAACCUGUCUAAACAUUUGAAUCCUGCAGGUAACCAAGAAAGGGUUCCAAGUGAGGCUCCAGUUGAAACUGUUCAGUCUGUUGGCAUGAAGAGGAAGAGAGGGAAGACGAAGGAAUCUGCUGCUAAAGUAGGUGGAGACAAAUCGAAAAAGAAGAACAAACUAAUUGCUGUCCCUGUUAGCGGUGCUUCUCCAGUCCUGCAAGACGUGACUUCCCAAAAUCAGAUGACAGAUGACAAUAUUAAGAGCAGAAGUGAUCUGCAUUUUCUACAAACUGGUCAGGCAGAUAACAUUUCUAUAGAAAACGGAGGGUCUUUGGAACUAGGAAGCAAAGUGAUAGUUUCCACGGCAGUAUCUGAAUCAUUAGGUUUGGGUGACAAAAAUCUUGAAGAGAACAAUUCUGAUGCUGCAAUUGUGACAUCUGGUGCCAAAGAUAUGAAAUCUAGUAGUAAAUCCAAGAAACAAAAGUCAAAGAAGUCCUCGAGAGUUGAUCAGGAUUCUGGUUUCCUGGAGCAAAUGGACAAUGAGAAUGGGCUUCUUAGUGUUACAAAUACGCCGGCCAAGCCAGUAGUAGAUGAAGGCUUGAAAGCAACUUUUGAAUCAGUUGAUGUCUCUGCAUCAAUUGCUCACCUAGAAAGCGAGAAAGUUGUUAAGAGUCAGGAGAAUAUUUUGCCACCCUCCAAAAUGUAUGGGAAAGAGGGGAAACCUGCUGCUGCCAAGGAUAAAAGUAUAGUUGGAAACAACUCAGAUACUACGAUUGGUACCAAAGAUUUGAAUACUGGUAGUCAACUGAAGAAAAAGAAGAUAAAGAAGUCUAGAAGAGUUGAUCAGGUUUCUGGUUCCCGGGAGCAAACUAACAAUGAGAUUGGCCUUCUUAGUGUGACAGAUAUGGCUCCCAAGCUGGUAGUAGAUGAAGGCAUGAAAGCAACGUCAGAAUUUGUGGAUGUCUCUGCAUCUGUUACACAGCUAGAAAAAGAGAAAGUCGUUCAUGUCCAGGAAGUGAUUUUGCCACCCCAAGAAAUGUACGUAAAUCAGGAGAAAACUGCAGCCAGGGAUGAAAAUUUGAGAGAAGUUGUAGAAAUGACUCAAAAUAGAGAUGAUGACGAUAUUGGAGUUUCCAACGGAAAGCUGGUCACAGCAAAACCUACAGAUGUUCAAGAUCAAGGGCUGGAUCAAUCUGGCAGCAUCAUUAAUAGGAAGGAGAAAUUGAAAAGGAAGAAGGAUAAAAUUCCACAUAAGAAAGCGCAGAACAUCGGUGUUGAAAACUCAACAUUAAAACCUCAUUUUGAAAAUGAAAAGGGUACAGGGAUGGAGUUGGGUUCUGCAAGACCUGAGGUUGUAUCCAAGGAAAGACUUGAAACAGAGAUUAAUGCUGAGGGUAACUUGGGAACUGCAGAAGGUGCUUAUGAAGGGAUCGACUUCAGGCAUUAUUUUAUGUCUGGAGAAUCCCGGGAUGAAGUUGGUUCUUCACGAGUCAAGGCGAAAGAAGCAUCGGAGUCUAUAAAACCAAAGAAAAAGAAAGAAAAUCAUAAUGCUAGCAAAACUGAGAGCAUUCUGAAGUUGCCCGAAACCCAUGUAAAAGGAAAAUCAUCAGACGGCACAAACGGCAAUGACAAAAAACUUGAAGAAGCAUCUGUUGAUGAGCAGAACAACAAAAAGUUGCCUUCUGUGAAGAAGAUUCGGAAAGAUUCUCAAGAUGGAGUCAAAGCUCGAACUAGGCAAGGUGAUGUUGCAGGCAAUAAACCCCUUGAAACGGCCACGAAGGAAGCUAUCACGAACCGCUCUAGGGGUAGUACUAGAGCCCUUCGGUUUGAAGAUAAAAAUGGCUCUCAACAUGCUGCAGAAGUCGUUCAGAAUAAUAGCAAUGCAAGGCAACAAUCUAGGUUUAAUCUCAAUGCUAUGUCUACUAAAAAAGGUUCCAGUGGUGGGAAUCUUCUGAAGAGGAGAGCUGGUCAAGAGAAGAAUUUGUUGACUGCAGAACGGAAACUCUUUACUAGCAGUACCGAAAGAAGUUCUGGUGAUGAAAACUGGAAGCUAAAUUCUGAUGCGAGUACCCAAUCCCCUUCGGAAAAUUCUUCUUCAUCAGGUUCCUCAUCCUCAACUGCGGAGAGUGGUUCGAGUCAGGAUUCAAAAUUAAAUGCAGGAUCUGAUAAUGCAAAGACUAAAGACAACGGUGGUAAAAAGUUUCCAGGCACGCAAGAGGACAUGAGCAUAGAAAUGUUGCUCAAAAGCUCGAGCCGGUUCAAGAAGGCAAAGCUUUCGGCAUCUCAAUCUCAAGAUAUUGAUGCUGAAAAUUGGACGGAUGAAUUUGUUCCAGAUAGUCAAGCAACGGCGUUAUAG